AUGGGACAGCCAUCCUGGGAGGCGUCUCACGCCCUUGUCUAUGUGACAUAUGGGCUUUUCCUUAUCAUCGGCACAGGCGUCGCCUGGACAUUCAGAAACCAGUCCAAGGGCGAAUUCUUGGCCGGCAGCCGGACGCAAACUGCCGUCCCGCUCGCCUUGAACUUUAUCGCUUCUGGUGAGUGA